UAGCUGAUCAUGCAGCUCCGUUGAGAUGAUCUAAGUCUAAAACUCUAGAAUGAAAACUCGGCGGGCGAUAUGCAUUCACUCAACGCACAGAGGCCUUUAAUUGUGUUUGGAUUGACGUCUACAGCAGUUUGCUUGCGUCAUCGCUUUCUGUGACAGACAGGCACGAGAAAGCCAUCAGCUGAUGCUUCACCGUCUCAGCACCACGGACAGCUUCUUUCUGCAGACCCGGGCACAUGAAGUCGGGUAUAAAAGCCCCACGCGCACCUUUCCUGCCUCACCAGAGAUCCGGACAUAAUCCCAAACCAUGCUGAGACGGUCCGAGCUGGAUGCAGAGAUGAGGUCGACCAAUCAGCCGCUAUCCGGGAAGUUGAACGAGAAGGAGGUGAUGCGCGGCUUGAACGAGCGCCUAGCGGGUUUCAUAGAGAAGGUGCGCGGGCUGGAGCAUCACAACCAUCUGCUGGAGGUCGAAAUCGGGGAGUUUAGAAGGAGAGCGAAACCCGCGUCCUGUUUGGAGCAGGAGUACGGACCAGAGCUCGGCAGGCUCAGGCAGCUGGUCCGGGAGAUCACGCACCAGAAGCAACAGCUCGAAAUCGAGCACCGCGGCUUGGAGGAAGAGCUCUCCAGCGCGAGAGGGCAGCACGCGCGGGAGACGCAGUCCAGAUCGGGCGCGGAGAACAGCAUCGUGGUCCUGAAGAAAGACAUCAGCGACACGUACCGGGCCAAGCUGCAGCUGGACAGGAAGGCGCAGUCCCUCGUGGACGAAAUCGACUUACUAAAGGCGCGCCAUGAGGUCGAGGUGUCCGACAUGUGUGCCCAGAUCCAGGACGCGCAGGAGCUGCACGCCGACGCGCACGGAUUUGGGCACCCCGGCGUCACCGCGGCGCUCCGGGACAUCAGGACGCAGCUGGGAUAUCGCACCGCGUCCGACGUCCGGCAGACCGCGGGGGAAAGCUUCCGAGCGCAGUUCGCGCAACUGACGGAGGCGGCUGAGGCCAACAGAGACGCGCUGAAAGCGAGCCAGCAGGAGAUCCAGGAGUACCGGAGGCGCCUGCAGGCCAAAAGCGUCGAGCUGGACUGCGCCACGGGGACCAGAGAGGCUCUGGAGAAGCAACUCCAUGACGUGGAGGAUCGACACAAGGAAGAAAUGAUUCACUAUCAGAAUACAAUCAAGGAGCUUGAAAACGAGCUCAUCAACUGUAAGUUUGAUAUGUCCGGUUACCUCCGGGAGUACCAGGACCUGCUGAAUGUGAAGAUGGCUUUGGAUGUGGAGAUUUUGUCCUACAGGAAGCUUCUCUGUGGCGAGGAGGCUCGACUCUCCACAAUAUCUGACCCCAACGCCUCCCUGCCUCACGUCUCUCACCAGUCCCCCGUUUACAGCCUCCCCUGCUUCAGCCGGCCCGGGGUCCCACGCAGGCGAGCAGAGCCCCAGUACAAGUUUGUCGAAGAGAUCAUCACAGAGACCACCAGGGAAAUCGAGAUGUCGGAGUUUGAGGACACGGGAUCAGAGGGGACGGAGGCGGGGAAGGAUGAGUGUGACCGUAGCAAAAGUGAGAAAGGGCCCGGUGAGGAAGAGAGUGGUCAUCAAGACAGUCGAGACGACGAGGGAAAUCAGAUGUUGGACGGUCAGCAGGUUCAAGUAGUCGGAGAGUGUGAGAAGAAAGAGGAUACAAUAGAUCUAAAGGAGGCUGGUGAGGUGCAGAGUGGUGAGAAAAGUCAUGAUGGAGACAUAAAUCAAAGUACUCAGAACAAACUUCCAGCGAGUGAAAGUCUGGAUGAAAAGGGAGAUGAGAAACACGAAACAGCUGGAAACACUGAUGAAACUCAAACUGCAGAGAAUAUUAAAGGAGAUGCCAGGAGAGAGGAUGAUGAACCUGCAGAGGAAGAAUGUUUUACCACAGCUCCAGAUAGGGAAACCGAAGACAAAACGUUGGCCAAAGUGCCGGAAAGUUCUGACAACGUUCAUCAACCCCGAGAUGAGGUCAAUCUUUUGGUUUCAGAAACACCUCAGAAAGCCACAGAGGUUUCAACAGAAACACAAAGCAGCCUGUCUAAAGACGUGAGGGAAGUUACAGAAGACACUAAAGCCACUUCUACAAUUCUAACAGAGUGAGGCCGACACCGGAAAGGGAUAAAGCAGAAACCUCAGUUUAAGAUGUCAAACAUUAAAUAAAUAAAGCUCAAGGCAAAAAAAAAAGUGCUACAGAAGCAGAGGCGGAAAUAAUAAAAUAAUAAUAAUAAAUAAAAUAAAAUAACUUUUUGCAAUGUAAAAAAAAAAAGGAAUUGGAACAGCCAACGUGUUCAAACACUCAUCUGAUGAGACAAAGAUGGGGCGGUGCACGAGCACACACACAAGCCCAACAAAAAUGAGGCAGUGCUAUGGUUAAGGAUGGAGGGUUCUUCUUUAAAAUGACAAGCUGGCUGCAGUAAACAAAGGAUGCAGCUUAAAAUAAGAUAAAAUAAGAGGGACUAUUUAUGCAGCUGCAAAACCUCUAGGGAAAGAACUUCUUUCUUUUUUUAUGUUUUGCAGCCUCUGGCUUUGGAAUCUAAAAUCAUUGAUUCACUGACUAUUUUAAGUUGCCAGAAGACUAAAAUGACGCCUGCAUAAGCAGCACUUUGACUGCUUUGGCAUGUGCUAUAAAUAAAUGAUAUAUUUGAAAAAACAA